UUCCUAUAGGCCCCUGAUUGUGAGGGAGUCGGGACAGAUGGGGUCCUCGUAAAAUAUACAGUUAACUUAUUAAGACUUGACACAUAUGUGGCUCACAGGAGAUCCACUGAAGCCCAAAGACUACCGUCAGAGCAGGAGCUGAAAUUACAGUUAAAAUGAGUGUGGAAAGACUAUAGCUUGCCAUGACAGUGGCAUGCAAAGUAACGUGUAGACUGAGAUCUCGUUUAUGGUGGGAACUAUUUUAAACAUAGUUAUUUUUGCAACCGUCAUUCCAUUACAGAGAUUAUACCUUGUUGCUUGCAGUGUGCAGCCCAGGUAAAGCAGGUACUUGGGGGACAGCAAGUAAAGUAGUGAUUCACAUACAGUGAAAUGACACAGUUUCACCAGGCAGGGGCAGCAUUUCCUGUUUUAUUUUUUACUCAGUUACAGUAUGAAGAGUUAUUAUGUAACAUCUGCAAUUAAUAAAUUCACAGUGGAUCACUGAGGAUAAGCUUUAAAGGGGGCAAAGCUACCAAAAACAGUCACCACUCCCAUAUCAACCGUUUCAUUUUGGUAAUCCCAGUUAAAGAACUCGUUUUAAUCUUUACAUUAAAUUUACAUGAAAAAAAAAAAUCAUUCGCCGGUGUUUCAUAGACGUCACACAUGUCAAUGUCAAUGUGAACACGUUACUUCUUUUUAUUGCUAUCACUUAUUUUCAAUAUUUUAAGCUAUCUUCAAUCAGGCAUUGCCAGAAACCAACAUCGCACGUAGCAGAAUCCUAUUGGCUGCUAAAAUCACGCACACAAAAACAGCUUUUUUCAUUGGCUCCCAUCCUUCCUCGGCGUUCCGAUUCGUCGCUUCCUCGAAUGGCACUGGAGUGUAAAAUAUCUUCAAAAACUAUCCGAUCACCUUUUUAACUUCUGCACCUUUUUUGUACAUCCUGUGCUUUUUUUAACAUCCAGUCAGCGAUGUCGAAGGGGAGCAGAAGCGGCUUGAAUUAAGGUGUAAAUAAAACACAUACAUAUUUUUGUGUAUCCCGCUGUCUCCUCUGCUGGAUAUCUGUGGUCCUCCAGACCUGAAGGACCAGGCCGACCCCAUCGACUUUUCUUCCGCCAGUAUCCUACAGCACAGCGUCUUAUCCUUUAAAGCUUCAACGCUGGAUGGAUUUAAAAGGCUUGGGCACCAAUGAAUGAAUGACCAGUCGGAUGAUUUAAGGAUACCUCAAGGAAACUUUUAAUAUUAUUAUUAUAUAUAUUUUUAAAUCCAGUUACCGGAUGUUUGUUCAAUGACACCUUGUUUUUUCUGGGAUACACAACUUAAAGCGUGUCCACUUACUGUCAUUUUAAACACUACGUGGCAGCUUAACCAUGGCACUUUAUGUCGAAGGUCUGACUAAAGGUGUGGCUAACGGAGGGAUGGCUCAGUUCCAGGAAAUGAUGCGGCAGCAGCUGGAGAGCUCCAUGCACGAUGAGCUGGAGAAGCUGCUGGACACCACCACAGGGGCUGAGCGAGAGGUAUCCAAGAAAGACUUCGAGGGCUUCAAGAAUCUCUUCCAUAGAUUUCUGCAGGUGAAGGGACCAUCAGUGGAGUGGAUCAAGAUACAGCGACCUCCAGAAGACUCUAUUCAGCCGUACGAUAAGAUUGCCGCUCGAGGCCUGCCAGACAAUGUGGCCAACAGCUUGAACAAACUGGUGGUGGUGAAGCUGAAUGGAGGCCUGGGUACCAGCAUGGGAUGUAAGGGCCCCAAGAGCCUGAUCAGUGUCCGUAACGAGAACACCUUCCUGGACCUCACUGUGCAGCAGAUAGAGCACCUGAACAAGACUUACAACACAGACGUCCCCCUGGUCCUCAUGAACUCUUUCAACACAGAUGAAGACACAAAGAAAAUCCUGCAGAAGUACACACACCACCGGGUCAAGAUACACACCUUUAACCAAAGCAGGUACCCUCGUGUCAACAAAGAGUCUCUCCUUCCCGUGUCCACAAACUUGAGCAUGAACGGGCAAAACGCAGAGGGUUGGUACCCUCCCGGUCACGGCGACAUUUACGCCAGCUUCUACAACUCGGGUCUGUUGGAUCAGCUGAUUGAGCAGGGCAAAGAGUACAUCUUCGUGUCCAACAUCGACAAUCUGGGAGCCACCGUCGACCUCCACAUCCUGCACCACCUGGUCAGCCAGCCUAACGGCAAACGCUGCGAGUUCGUCAUGGAGGUGACAGAUAAGACCCGCGCUGACGUGAAGGGAGGCACGCUGAUCCAGUAUGAAGGGAAGCUGCGCCUGUUGGAGAUCGCCCAGGUGCCCAAAACGCACGUGGACGAAUUCAAAUCAGUUUCAAAGUUCAAAAUCUUCAACACCAACAACCUGUGGAUCUCUCUACCUGCUAUCAAGAGGCUGCAGGAGCAGAAUGCAAUGGACAUGGAGAUCAUAGUCAACCCCAAGACGCUCGACGGCGGGCAGAAUGUCAUCCAGCUGGAGACUGCGGUGGGUGCGGCCAUCAAAUGCUUUGACAAUGCCCUGGGAAUAAACGUUCCCCGCAGCCGCUUCCUGCCGGUCAAGACUACGUCGGACCUGCUCCUGGUCAUGUCCAACCUGUACAGCCUGGAGGCCGGCUCGCUCACCAUGAGCCCCAAGAGAGAGUUCCCGACAACGCCGCACGUCAAACUGGGCAGCUCCUUUACCAAGGUUCAGGAAUACUUGAUCCGCUUCGAGAGCAUUCCCGACAUGCUGGAGCUCGACCAUCUGACGGUGUCCGGAGACGUCACCUUUGGGAAAAAUGUGUCGCUUAAGGGCACCGUCAUCAUCAUCGCCAACCACGGAGAUCGGAUCGAUAUUCCGGCCGGCUCCAUGCUGGAAAACAAAAUCGUAUCCGGCAACCUCCGCAUCCUGGACCACUGAGGCCUUCUUCACCCUCAUCUUGUGACGUAGUCCCCCGUAAUCCCUGUCAUGUGACCCAUUUGACAUGUUGACCCGACACCAAAAGAUUGUGAGAGGAUAUGACUUUUUCCCCUGGAGGCUGAGUGUGAUUGCAUGUGCAGUGCUACCCUGCAGUCUCAGCAUUAAGAAGCAGUUCGCCUGCUUUGAUGGUUGGAAGUAGCUGGGAUAUACUGCCCUCUGCAGGCUGUUCAUCACAUAACCUUAAAAAGUAUUACUAAUGAACUAGUCUUAGCGAUCACUUUAAACACUUUUAUCCAGAUUAGAGAGGAAACUACUCACCGUUUGUUUUCUUCUUCUACUAUAUUGAUUUUGACUUUAGUUGGCCAGAAAAUAAAAAAUAAUAUAUUCUAAAUAGGUAGGGAUAAUAUACUGAUGUACUCACAUAUUAUUAGGGACACUAGUGGGAGUACAGUUUGGAGAACAAAUUAGAUUUGGGGUUUUUUGCACUGCUAAUGCAAUCACAAAGAUGAAGUCAUGGGCGUCAUGGGAAGGUUUUGACCUCUUAUUUCAAGCACAAAGACGUCUCUGCUGGACUCGAUAUGGUUUCGCAAUUUAGCUGCAGCAAAACACACCGAGUUAUGUAAUGCAAACCCAGCACAGGGUCCUGAUUUAUCACUGAAUUCAACAAUACAACAGGAAAAGAUGUCUAGCAGUGCAGAAAGGACUUACUGGUAAAUCAGAUUUAUUAUAAACCCAAGUGGAAAUGCAGCUCUUAGCACUGGUUUGGCGUGUCAGCAGUUUAUUCCACAAACUUGCCCUCAGUCUACCCUCAAAUGUAGCAGGUAACGGAGACAAAGUGGAUACAAGCACCAAAAACGUUUGGAUAGAGAAGUCAGUUGAAUUCUCAACUUCACAGCUUAAAAGCUUCUUCAGAACUUGUCUCAUUUCUAACAAACAUAUUUUAUAAUUAAACAUUACAACACUGGUGUUUAUGAUAGUAUACAAACACUGAGGGUACUUUUAAGGUUUUCUGAUAUUUUAUAGAGAGAGAAAAAGAUUCUCUGCAUUCAUUUUCCAACAGAAACAGAACAUUUGGUCUGAUUUAGCGACUCUUAUGCGUCCAAAUUACCAGCACCAUUAAAGAAAAGGUACUGUGGUUUAUACAGCUGUGUCUGAACAUUUAACUGUCUGCCUGCAUUCAUCCAGUGAGAAUGAAUUUACACUUCAUGUAUUUUACAACAGUGAAAGCUCCUUUUACCCUCGGUGCACACCCAUCCUGUCCAUCCUGCAACCUUGUGCUCCUGUUAGUGAAUUAUUCUGAAUCAAAAGUUUAUAAAUGACACAAAGAAGACUUCUAAAUAGGUAGGGAUAUAGGCUCAGUGGACUCGGUGUAAUUUGACACUAAGAUCAUUUAAAAUCGUCAAGUCUAGAUGACUUCAUCUGGCAGGCCUUUUGAAAAUGAGCUUUUAAAUGGAUAAUUGACUUUACCACAAAAGACUUUGGUACUUGUAUCCACUUGUGAAACGUGUCCCAGGAGUACUAAUUCGUCUGCUGCACUAUGAGGAUGGACCGACCUCUGUAGUACCAUCUGCUCAGCUGUGACGCCGCAGAGAGUGCUGAGAGCAUUGUUAAUGGAGGCGAAGCUGCUCUGCUGCAGAAACUGAAUGAUAUAAUUUCUAAAUAACGCCUUUAUGCCUCAUGUUCAGUAAAAAACCCCAAAAAGAAACCGUAUAAAGCUUUUUCAUCUCGGCACAUUUUUUGUCCAGAAUGCUCUGAGAUUGUCUGAUGUUAUCGGAUCAACUGAUUGAAACGAUCAGUAACAUCAAUAUAACCAGCUCUCCAGUUUAUAUAGUAUUGAUGUAGCUGGCACAGACUUCUCACUGACUUUAACUGCAUUACCAACCACAAGUCAGUCUUUGCAUGUGUGUAAAAACACUCAAUAGAAUGACUGGAAACAUGAGAAUAAAUGGCAAAGGCGACGGAUCGUUACGCAUGUGGCUCAAGUGAAGCUUGGCUUUCAUUAGUUUCAGGUUUCAGUAGUGUCAUAUCACCGUACCCUCUCAGUUUAUUGGCUUCAAAGGAUGAAGACCCAAAGAUAUCACAUUUCGAGCUGCGUUCAGAUGGAAAUGUGACUUUUAAGUCUCUCCUGCUGAUUUUUCACUACGAGCCGCAUCUAAAACGCGCGAGUCGUCAUUAGAUCUGUUGUUAGCAUGAAGCUUAAACAGCUGAAUUAGUGGAGCCCCGAAGCCCGCAGCGACGUCUGUGCUGAGAAAUAAUUGGGUAAUUUUCUUCAGAAAUAUGAAAACUGUGACAGAACAUACUUCCACUGCAUAGAGUCACAGCUCUAGUUUUUGGCUCACCCGAGCUUCUGACGCCUGUUCUCGUUCAUGAUGAAUGUGAGGAUCCAGGUACCAAUACUGCGAUAUGAGAUUUUCUGGGACGGGAUGUAAUUUUAAAGCGAAGGCCUUUAUUCGUCUCUGUGUGGAGUAGCUGACGAGAACAUCACAUUGUUGUGUAUUAUUUUUUUCCUUUGUAUCCGGUUUGUUUUCACCUUCAUGUCGUGUGAAACCUCAGCGUUUCUCCUGUUUCUCUGCCCGUCCCAUCACUCAGCAUUAUUCCUUCAAAGACACGAGGUGCGUGUUUUCUGCAGUGUUGGGGCACACACACAUACACAUAUACAUAUACAUAUACAUAUACAUAUGUACAUGUACACAAAGUUUCAAUGUGAGUAUACUCACAUGUGAGUCCGAUGUGAGUCCGACCCAUGCGGACCGAGAGCCCGAAAGCAAUAAGUGUUGAUCUAUGACAGCGACGAGGUCUCAGCCCAGACCGCUUCUGCCUCCUCAGAGGUGAAUAAAGUGCAAUAUGAAAUACCGAA